CACGCCUCCAGCGGACCCCAAAAAUCCAAACAAUCAUCUCGAAAGCGUGAGACGACCCUCAUGUGCAUUUGUUUACAUCAUAAAUUGGACUGAAUUUUGGGAUUUAUCAAUACCCCGUUACAACCAUUCUGUGUAAAAUGUAAUCGUCUAUGUUUUGUCGGACAGCCAUGCCGUUCUCUCGCGAUGAUAAACAGCAUAGAGCCGACCAAUUUCGCCAGCAAGUAGAAGAACAGCUGGAUGAGCAAGAUGCUGGCGAUGGUGAUGGCGAAGUAAACAACAAUGAACACGAGGAGCCAUGUUGUGUUCCGUUGAGUUGCACUGAAGGCGGACCUGUGCACACGGACGAUCCGGAUGACUGUCAAAAAGUUGUCUGCAACAAUCCAGAGUGUACACAGGGGAAAUACAUGCAUAAGAUUUGCUUUGAUAUAUGGGAGGAUGAAGUUCUGACAUAUCUGCGAUCGUCUGGUCGGGCGAGAAGCUGGUCGGAGAAGCAGCGUCGCCAGAAUUUGUGGACAAAGAAAGGCUACGACUUGGCGUGGAAAGCAUGCUCGUGCAAGUGUGGCAAGGGUCAUCUACGGAAGGACCUGGAAUGGAUCCCGCCGAAGCUCCCCGAGGGUGCUGCUGCUGAGAAUGCCCAGCAACGUAGACAUCGACGCCGCAAGAAGUCCAAUGAGAAACCAACCAUUGGCCGAGCUAAUUCGAUCACUUCAAGUUCUGGAAAUGGCAAUGGAAAUGGCAAUGGACAUGGGAAUGGAAAUGGCCACGGAAAUGGACACGGUAGACUGCGACACACAUCUGCUUCCUCAACAGCAUCGACCGAAAGCAACCACACUCCACCACAAAGUCCAAGUGUUUAUCAACCAGGCAGCAAGAACCAACGUUUUCCACCACAGAUAGCAGUGGUUUCGAAUCCACCUACCAGUACCACUUCUGCUGCCACAGCUGCAACUUCUAGCCACUCAGCAACACCAACCACAACAGCAACAUCGACUGCUAGUACAUCGGCGCCCGCUGUAACCCCAACAUCAGUGAGCCACAGCACGCAGUCACAGAGCCAUGAUAAUUGGAAUAAGCGGCAACAUGGUGGAAGCAGUGGAGGGAAAAUCCAGAAUCAACCCCAUCAUUUUGUAUCUCCGAUGCCACAGCAGCAGUAUCAGGGGCCACAAUCCCAUCACGACUACCAUGGGCCACCACUGAAUAUGGCCCAUCACCAACAGGGUGGCAACAGGCAGGCCCAACCUUCCAACAGAUCACCACAAUUUCAUCACGGUGGACCACCCGAUUUCCGACCGCAGGGAGAGAGGUCUGGCAACAUGCAAGCUGCCCUCAACACCAACUUCUUCAGCAGCAACGUCUACUGGAAUCCCACGACAGAUAAUAUGCCUCCUCCUGGCAGCAGUUCAAAUAGCAGUGGCAGUGGCGGAACUGGUACACGAGGUUUCUUACCACGCUUGGAUCUGUCUGCCUUCUACCAGGUGUUGCCGGCACACAAGCUCAACUCGUACCACAUCAAGAUGGAAGAGGACAGUCAGCCGGAGUCCGAGGAGAUACGCUCCUUCAUAUUCGCGACUCUCAAUAUACAUGGCACCCGCGUCAUUCCAUGUUCAGUGUGUACGAGGAAGCUUCCCGUCUUUGAUCGCUAUCCUCUGAUCGAUGGCACAUUCUAUCUUACUCCGCAACGACAGGGCGAUGGUAACAACAAGGGUCUACAAGUUGGUCUCCAGAGCUCCCAGUACCUGAAUGCUGUCUGCAUGCAGUGCUUAGAGGGUGUUCAGCGGAUCGUCUGCCGUAUAUGCAAGUCGCGCUGGGAUGGUAGUCAUCACCAGCUGGGGACGCUCUACUCCUACGACAUCUUUGCGGCCUACCCCUGCUGCCCGGGGAGGGCGGGAUGCAAGCGGUGCGGCAAGCCAGUCAUCGACCCCACCCGCGGCACGCACUUCUUCAGCGAGUACUCGAGGAGUAUACAAUGCCCCCACUGCGGCGUUCCCGACUUCCACUUUGUGAAACCGCUGAGCAGCUACGAAGUCCACUCCAAUUCUGUACAAUCGAUCAAUGUAUGUUAACCACUUGAUCGCUUAGAAGAGUGCUGAUUCAGUGUACAUGUAAGCAUACUCCAGCGGAAAGCAAGGAUUUUGAAUCGCAUUAUUAUGGCAAAAUCUUAGACCGAUUUGAACUCUCUCGAGCCUGAUACGGUGUUAUAUUUUCUGACCUUUUCAUACAUAGUAUGUUUUCUUAUUUUCUCAUUUUUAAAACUUAGUAUAUUGUUUGAUAUCUAUAUUUUUUGAAAGCAUGGUAAUUGAACUUAUCAAGAUGCUUUGUUUAAAGCAUAGAUUUUGUUCCUAUACAAAGCAGUUCAUACAUAUGUGUAAAGCAUUUAUCAAUAUUGAUGUUUUUUGUAUUUAAGCAAGUAUAAUCAAUUUGUUUGUAAAUUGUUGAUCACAUACAUACAUGUUUACAUUGUAUUUGAUAGUGUGCUUUAUCAUCAAUGAUCAGUUGAUAACGAAAGAUGACUGAUGGUAUUGAUUUUCAUGCUCUCUGCUGAAUUGCCAAGAUUUAGGAUAUGCCUAAUUAUCAAAAUUGGCUGGCACUCAGUUGGCAAAGUUAGCAAUUUCUGUGUUUGAUCAUGUGCUCUAAGUAUAUAUAAAAUUACUCUCAGCAUACUGGUAAUAGGUCUCCUGGGACCAGUUGCAGAAAGAGUUGCAAUCAAACGCAACUCAAAAAAUCUUGCGCAACUUGAUUUUCAGUCGAUGAAGCACCCGCAAUGGGGACUUGCGCUUGAUAUUUUGACGUGCGUUUAAACGCAACUCUUUCUGCAGUAGGCCCCUGAAAGGAAAAAUACUGAACUUUAACAACAAUAAACAAUUAGUU